AUGGCUCAAACAACGUCGUCUAAUCCAGCAAACACAUCUUCUCAAGAAAGUUCAGGCACUGAGACGGAUAAGAAGCUUAAAAAUAAGCCGAAUGGUAAGUUGUUAUUUAUUUUUGUUUUGGUUUUAGGUUGUUUAUCUAAUGUUAUGAUUUUAGAUUCAAAAUUGAGGCAGCAGAAGCUACCGGCAUGGCAGCCGAUUCUAACAGCGUUUACUGCGAUACCAACCGUGUUUCUGAUUGCUAUAAUCUUCAUUCCAAUCGGAAUAGUGUUGUUGUUAGCUGCAGAAUUAGGUAACCAACUUUUUCUGGUGUUAGUUUAUUGGUUUUUAUCGUUUUUAUUUUAUUUUGUUAAACAAACGAUUAAGUAUUAUUUUUAGUAGCUUUGUUGUUAUCUUAUUAGAGUUUUUGUUAUGUUUUUGAGUUAUCAAAAAGAAUGUCUUCUUUUCAGUAUCAGAAAAAGUGAUAUCAUACGAUAAUUGCCAGCUGGGACAACGAUGCACAGUAGAAUUUCAAUUACAGGAAGAUUUUGAAGGAGAUGUAUAUUUUUACUAUGCGUUGGAGAAUUACUUUCAAAACCACAGAAGAUACGUGAAGAGUCGGAGCGAUCAACAGUUAGCGUGGCUAGCUCCAACAGAUGUGAGUGACUGUUCUCCGUAUGAUAAACUUGACGGAAAACCAGUUUUGCCGUGUGGAGCUAUAGCUAAUUCAAUGUUUAACGGUAAGAAAUUUGAUCGGUUUUUGUUUUUAGGUAAUAACUCAUAGUAUUUUUGAGGUUUUUACUGACGUCGUAGUAGAUAUCUGGAAAAUUCGGUUGUUUGUUUAAAAUCUUAUAUUUGACGACGUUAUAAAGCUUGCAAUUGCCAAUUAAUCCGAAAGUGCUUUAAAAAUCGUAAAUUAAUCAUUAUUAUUUUAGAUACAUUCGCUGUCUAUUCAAAAGGUACACAAGUUGAAUGGACAUACGAAGGAGUAGUAUGGGAUGUAGAUAAGCAAAAGUACAAAAAUCCACAAGGUGUGGAUCUCUGUACAGCCUUUAGUAAUUUUGCUAGGCCUCAGAAUUGGCAAAAGGACCUGUGUCAUUUGGAUGAUGAACAUCCAGACAACAACGGCCUUCAGAACGUCGACUUUAUCGUUUGGAUGAGGACGGCAGCGUUGCCAUCAUUCCGAAAAUUGUACAGGAUCUUAAAGAGAGAUCAACUUGGAUUUCAACAUGGUAUGCCUAAGGGCAAUUACACGCUUAUUAUUCAAAAUAGUAAGUUGUUAAUGGUUUUAGGUAACAAAGUUUUUAAUUUUUGGAAUUUUAGGUAACAAAGCUUUAUUUUAGUCUUAUAUUGUUUUAGGUAUUCCAGAGAUUGUUAAAUUUAUGUAUUUUCAGAUUACAAUGUAGCUGAUUUUAACGGUAAAAAGUCGUUUGUAAUAUCAACAACAUCAUGGGCUGGAGGAAAGAACAAGUUCUUAGGGAUAGCGUAUAUUGUGAUAGGCAGUAUGUGUCUAGUACUAGGAUGUGUGUUUACCUUUAUCCAUCUCAAGUUUGGACAUUCGUGAGUUUUGAUUAUUUUGCAUUGGAAAUGAGGGUUUUUUAAUUUUUUGCAUUUUUUUAAAGGUUGUGCUCAAAAAUGACCUUUUGUGAAAAAUAAAAUUUUAAAAAAUUUUGAUUUAACAUUUUUUGAUAUUUGACUGCCAUUUCUAAUCUUAUCCUUAUUUCAGAUUCGCCGAAAUGGCCGAUGUGACAGCCGGAGUUCGAACCUAA